GUACCAACAAAACUCGUGUGGUAAGGACUACCGUACCUGCCGCAUCAUUCUUUCAAUUUUUCAAUCCGCCUCCGCCAGAUUGUGAAGAAGACGAUGAUGACUUGGAUUCACGUCUUGAAUUGGAUUAUCAAAUUGGUGAAGAUAUAAAAGAAAAACUUAUUCCUCGCGCCAUUGAUUGGUACACUGACAAAUUAGGAAUUACACCAAUAGCAUUUGAAGACAAUUUGAUUAACAGUACCGUGAACACGAGAGUAGCAUUCUUUGGUAUAACUAUAGUUAAUAAAAGAGCUUAA